UUAGUUUAAUUAAGCGCAACAUUUGUGAGCAUUUAUAAAAUUAAAUUAUACAGCUUAACAGUGAACCAAAAUGUCGGUUAUAUCUGAACAAUAUUUGAGUGAAAUUCUACAAAAAGUUGCAUCAAAUUAUGGCUUACAAGACUGGGUUUAUAACCAAGUAAAGUUUGAAAGUAUUGCACAGAACUACUUUGGGAUCAUAUUGCCUAUUGUUUUGUCGGGCAGACACGAAGGGGCCGAAGUUAAAUUUCAACUAGUUUUGAAAUUAGCUCCGACGGACGAGAGGUACCGAGUCAGUGGUGCAGUAACAGUAAUGUUUGCGAGAGAAAUUUUUGUAUACUCUGUGAUUCUUAAAAAGUAUGCAGAAAUUCAAAAACUUUUUCCUCUAAACUUGCAGUACAUUAUACCGCAGUGUUAUUACAUACAGGCAGAGUAUACCAAAGAGGUCAUAGUUAUGCAGGACAUGUGUGCAGAAGGCUACCGGCCUUACACUCAUGAAAUAUUCCUUGACUUAGAACAUAUUAUAAUUUCUUUGAAGUUCCUCGCUAAGCUACAUGCAUUGUCAUUUAUUCUAAAGAAUAAAGAUAAUGAAUUAUAUAGUGAAAUAUCUAAAGCUUGUGUACCAUUAACAGAAAAAUCGAAUGCAAGGUACAUGACUAUUAUGAAAGAUAGAUUAGACAAAGCGUUAAUUAAGUUUCAGAAUACUGAGUACGUACCGCUGUUACAGAAGUUGAGACUGAAAUGUGCUGACUAUUUUGAUGCAGCCAAUGAUUCUGUAGAAAAUACUUGUAUCUGUCAUGGAGAUAUGUGGAAAGAGAAUAUAAUGUUUAAGUAUGAGAACAACAAGCCGGUCUCCGCAUGCAUGAUAGACUACCAAACAACCCGCAUAUGCAGUCCAGCAUUUGAUGCAAUGUACCUAAUCAUAAGUAGUACUAGUACAGAAUUGAGACAACAACAUUUGCACCAACUAUUGGACACAUAUUACCAAUCAUUUGAUCAAAUGUUGGUAGAGGGUGGUUUAGAAUCUCAAGAAGUGUAUACAAGGCAAAUGUUUGACAAAGAUUUGAAGACUGUUUCGCUAGCUUGCUUAAUAACUGCAAAUACAGCUAUUUGGUUGUACAAUGGGUUGCAAGAAGAAGGCCAUGUGAGAAGUAAGCAGGUUUUGAAUACACCAGAGGAAAGGCAAAGAGCUGCGAAUAAGUAUGUUGGCGUUGUUAAAGGGAUCAUAGAUGACCUCUCCGGUCAGGGUUAUUUGACCUUGAAUGAUUUGUGAUAUUAGACAUUAAUAUAAGUUGUU